CCGUAAGAACCACUCUUAGACAAACACACAAGAGGAAAGGGCAAACGGAGAGCUGUUAUUCGCCUUCGAACAGCGACUGAUUAUAUAUAAAGAUAAUUCUGCGCCAAGUCAUCAACCAAACAUUAUUCUGCGGCUCUGGAAUAUUCCAGUAAACAGACACAAGCCGAGAGCUGCUGCUGAUAUUACGGUAGAUUCGUGUCUGCACUGAAGCGCUGCAGAGAGACUCGCGUCUAUUCAGGUUUUCAGGCGGGGGAGCCAGCCACAAGACAUUCGUUUGGACCCAUGUUAAACGUAUUUCGCUGACGUUAGUUGUCAUAAUAUUCUUUGCCUGUCUGAAUAAUGUUGCAUGUUUUAUAAUUAGUCCAUGUUUUGCUGCAGUGAGAGCCGCUUCAUCUCCAUCAGCGUCUAGCCCUCGUUACUUAGCAUUUGUGGGCAAGCUGCGAUACUCUUAUCUCAUUAGAUAAGGCUUAAACGAGUUAAAUGUGGACAUCGCCGUGUCACUGGGUCGCUAAACACCACUGAGCUUUGAAAUCAAGCAGUUAAUUCUUUUAAGAGUCAGGCAUAGCUGUGUUCAUGCCCGAUCUGCAGCGCUUCAGUUUUCCGUGCCGUAGCAUGCAUUCUCCUCUCCAUCAUCAUUAUCAGCAGCAGCACCAACAGCAUCAGCAUCCUGAAGGACCCGGUCAUCCCGAUUCUCCCUCCGGUUUGCUCCCUGAGGCUGCUGUCCUAGGAGCUCCUGACCCAUCCUCGUUUUUCCUCGGGGAACAACCCAGCCCUUCUGGCGUCCCCCAAACCGCCCUUGACCUCACGGGAUCCUCUUAUCUGCACUUUAGUCCAUCCCUCCACUGGUCCCAACCUCCUCCACCUACAGCAAUGGCAUUGAGGAACGACCUGGGAUCCAAUAUAAGCGUCCUGAAGACCCUCAAUCUGCGGUUCCGAUGCUUUCUGGCUAAAGUGCAUGAACUGGAGAGACGCAAUAAGAUACUGGAGUUACAGCUACAGCAGGCUUUAGACUGCAAAAACACAAGUGGAGGUGUGGAGGACGGAAAGACCAAAGAAGUUGGCGUGCAGACUGGGUUUAUUGGGCAUGUCGCUGUCCGGCCUGGGUCUUUGUCCUUUCAAAACACCAACAACUCUGCUAAACGACCCACUACAUUGUUAAUGCCUUCUCUGACAACUGUCCUCAAGCUUGAGCCCAAUAAAGCUGACGAUGAGACCACAACCGACCCAAACACCAAUAAGAACCCAACCAUUAUGGUUAGUCUUUCAACACCCACCACCGAGCCCGCCUCGGCCAACACCAAUAACUCCAACAAUGCUCCGCAUGUGAGCAGCGUUGGCACCGGGACGUCUCCCAACCUUCCCCCUCGCUUCCUCCCGGGGACCAUCUGGUCCUACAAUCACACCCGUAAACUGGGAAGCGGGUCAGAGACUCGGGUCACCAGUCCCGGAGUGUCGUGGGUCCACCCAGACGGCGUGGGGGUCCAGAUAGACACCAUCACCCCAGAGAUCAGAGCACUUUACAACGUCCUGGCCAAAAUCAAAAGGGAGCGGGAUGAGUACAAGCGAAGAUGGGAAGAAGAAUACACCAUGAGAAUGGACAUGGAACAGAGAAUGAAUGAUCUACACGAGGACCUACAGGAGAGUGAGGUGUGUCAGGAUGAGUUGACUCUCCAGGUGAAACAGCUGAAAGCUGAACUCGUGCUCUUUAAAGGCCUCAUGAGCAAUAACCUGUCGGAGCUGGACAGUAAGAUCCAGGAAAAGGCCAUGAAAGUGGACAUGGACAUCUGCAGACGCAUUGACAUCACAGCUCGCCUGUGUGAUGUCGCCCAACAAAGAAGCUGUGAAGAUCCAAUCAAGAUCUUUAAGGUUCCCAGCCCUCAGAAUGCCAUCACCUCUCGUGCCCGCAAACAAGCCUCACAACCUGCCAACGGCAGCGAGACAGAUGAGCCAGUCAGCACUUCUGAGAGUGAUGGAGGUGGUGUGCGAGAGGAUGAAGUGUGCACCCCUUCAACCCUCCAGAUCAAUGAAGAAAUGCAGAGAAUGUUGACCCAACUGCGUGAGUGUGAGUUUGAGGAUGACUGUGACUCUCUGGCUUGGGAAGAGACAGAGGAGACGCUUCUUCUAUGGGAGGAUUUCCCAGGAUGCACUUUAACAACAGACACCAGUCAGGGGGAGGAGGAGUGCCUGGAAAAGGUGAUUACGGACACAGAAUGUAUUUUUCAGAACAGGGAGAAGGAAUAUCAGGAGACUAUAGACCAGAUAGAGUUGGAACUGGCCACAGCAAAGUCAGACAUGAACCGUCAUCUGCAUGAGUACAUGGAGAUGUGCAGUAUGAAGAGAGGACUGGAUGUGCAGAUGGAAACCUGCAGGAGACUCAUCACUCAAAGUGGAAACAAUGAAUCCACUUCUCCUGGACCUGGAGGUGGUACAGAUGCAAACGGAGAAGCAGACAGAGAUAAAACCGAGUAAGGAGGAAGAUAAUGAUACCAUCAGAUCUGAAGAAGGUGUUUGCAAGAAGAAGAAAAAGUGCCCCUCAUCUGUUCAUGGCACCCAUCAUCAGCCCGUCUCAUGUUUUCUGUCCAGUCACUGCCUCUAGUGGUGGUAAAUGGAAUAAAAUUGUGUGUUUUCAGUGUACUGUGACAUUUUUCCCCUGUGGUUGUGCAGAGCAGCUUGACUGUUUUCACACCUACAUCCUUUUAAAAGAUGAGAGUCCUGUCAACAUUGUUAGCUUUUAUCUGAUUUCACCGAGCCCAUCCACUGGCGGGUAUCGAUCAUGUUUUCCGAUCUGGUCCCCAAAUGUCUGAGUCAUCAUAUUUUCAGCACUGAAUACAAUGACUUUUGUUUUCAUAUGUCUGGCAGAGAAUCACUGACAAUGUUUUGCAAAGUUUCCAUUUCCUAGAGACUUCAAGGGGACAUUUGCUAACUUCUCGUUGCCACAUGUAACGUUACGUGCCACUGCAAGCCGUGGGUCAGUAGGUGUGUUGUGCUUCCUGUCUGAGCUGUUGUAAAUACUCGGCUGUUAAUGCAAGUGAAGGGUGGAGGUAAGUGUAGCCUGCACUUCCCCCAUCUCUGUGCUCAAAUUCACACUAAACAUAUGAUAUUUCAUGUUAACGGUAUUGUGCUGAUGCCAGGCUGUUUCGAGUCUCGCUGUAUGCGCUCUUAGAAUAAUGAACUCUUUGACGUCCUCUCUUGCAGGUGGAAAACAUGAGUGAUAGGUGAGGUCAGAUGAGCGAGAUUUGAGAUUGUUUUGGCUCAGAGUAGAUGUCAGAGCGUUACGCAUGUAAAAUUUUAUGUUAUUUCCUUUCAACUUUUCCCCUCAUUUUUCGUCUUUGACAUCAGCGAUAUUGAGUCUUUUCCUCAGCUGGUAGAGAUAUAUUUCAGAAAAUUUUAGUUCAUGAAAAUGCUGUAUAUAUAACGCUGCUGUAGCUGUGAGACCUGCUUCAGUCCAUAAAAUAUCUAGCAUUUCAAAGGUCUUUCUAUUUCAGAUAGUAAAACCCUUCUGGUAUAGUUCUGGCAUUUUUCUGUUUCGUAUCCUCUUAGCUAAGACCUUGCUGCGGGUUGAUGCAAAGAUCUGUCUGUUUGUCUGACCAGUUGUUUUCAAUGGAAACUUUCUUGUAAUCCAGAGUAAGUGAUAAGGGGAUGUGAGUGAAGUCCUUUAGAGCAAAUUAUUUUCAUACUUUAACAGUGGAUCCUUGAUCCUUGGGAGUUUUUGAGAGCAUCCUAUCUUGUUACAGUAGACAGCUCUUCCAGUGAUCCUUUAGAAAGUGAGAUCCUGAUAGGUUAAACUCAUUAACUAAUGAUCUUACUAAAGACCCCAUGAAAUAUUUGACAAACUAAUAUUAUUGUUAGUAUUAUUUGUAUGUUAAUCCUUUUCUGCCUGACAGUUUAAAAAAGAAAAUUGUGACUUUGUUUCUUGUAAUUGAGAGUUAAUAUCUCAACGUUGCAACUUUAUUUCACAUAAUGGUGUAACGUGGAGGUGUGACAACGGAGUUGAGGAUCCAAGUAUAGGUUUUAUUUACAAGAGUGGUCAAAACAUAACCGACAAGCUUCGGCGGCUGUGAAGCUUGGUCUAUCACAGAUCAAUACACCUUCCAAUCUGGUGAUUGCUACUCCAGUUAUCAAGCCUGUACAUGUAAAAGCAGCAACAGCAGAUACUAUCCACAUCAUGGCUGCCAUUCCAGAGUCUCAUCCCAUCAUGGCUGAUGUUCCAGAGGCUCGUGCCGUCAUGGCCACCUUUCUUGAGUAUUCCAUUCAAACUCUAUCUGCCAUGGUGGUCAUCUGCUCCACUUGGGUAUCUUCGGUCCCGUCUUCUCUUCUGUAGUGGUCCUCGGCUCUGUCCUGUCUUCCUCUGCCAGCUGUGUUUAGCCCUAGUUCCUGUGUUUUCCACGUUCCUUGUUUUCUUGCCUUGUUUUUUUAAAAGUGGACUGUUAUCUUGUUUCUGAUUGUUUGCUGCCUGCCCUGACCAUUGUUUGUUUCUUGGAUUACUCUUUCAUCUGCCCUAGAUUAUACCUGUUUGCUGUUGAUUGACCCUGCCUGUUUUCACCACUCUUGCAAUAAAGCCUGCAUUUGGAUCCUCAACUGCAUUGUCAUGCUCCCCACGUUACAGAUGGCUAGGUUAUAUCUCACAAUUGUGACUUAGUUUGUCUUAAUUAAAAUUUUUCGUCUCAUAGUUGUGACUUUACUUCACAUAUUUGCAGCUCUAUAUCCUACAUUUGCAGCUUUAUGUCUCAAAAUUGGAACUUUAAUUUGAACUCUUUGACGUCCUCUCUUGCAGGUGGAAAACAUGAGUGUUGAGUGAGGUCAGAUGAGUGAGAUUGGAGAUUGUUAUGGCUCAGAGUAGAUGUCAGAGCGUUACGCUUAUUUCCUUUCAACUUUUCCCCUCAUUUUUCGUCUUUGACAUCAGCGAUAUUGAGUCUUUUGAAAUUGUGACUUAAUUUCUCACAAUUAUGAGAUUGUUUCUUUAAAUUUUGACAUCUCACAGUUUUAACUUUGUUUCCUAUAAUUGCAACUUUAUGUUUAAUUACAUUGUUUCUUUAAAUUUUGACUUCUUAUCUCACAAUUAUAACAUCUUUCGAUUUUGACGGAUAACUUACAGUUUUGACAAAAUAUUGCUUAUAUUUUGUGGCAAUUCUGAUACCAAUUAGAAGCACUGCAAACAACUGAGCCAUUGUUCAUUUACAUAAUUGUUUUAUUAUUUUAGUUGAUUUUUUUAUAUUGUUUCGCAGCACUGUGCUGAAUUAUGUGUGUAAGACUAUGUAUGUAUGUGUAUAUGAAUGGAGUGAGCACUCCAGGUUUCUGCAAUGAGUAACUGGUUCUUUUCUACAGCAAGUUACUUAUUGCUUGUUGCUAUAAGACCUUAAAACAAAGGUCUUUUACUUUUGACUUCAUAUCUCACAAUUACAACUUUUUUAUUUCGAUUUUGACAUAUCUGACAAUUUUAACUUUUUCUGUAAUUUCAACUUUCUGUCUCACUUAAUUUCUAGUACUAGUUCUAGUGACUUCAUUAUUUGACAUUUUGUCUCAUGAUUUUGAAAUUAUAUCUCACAAUUGUGGAUUUUCAUAAUUAUGAUGUCACGUCUCAUAAUUGCAACUUUGUUUCUCAUAAUUGCAACUUUAUAUUUUAUAUUAAGAUUUGUUGACUAUUGCUUAAUAUUGAGUGUGAGAUCUUGAUGGGUUUGGUGUAUUGGAUUAGACCCACUGGAGAUCUAACAACCCCAUGAAAUAUUUUAAUGAACAAACUGUCUUUUCUAUCCUCCUAAAAGGGUGAGAUCCCAAAGGGUUAGAUUCACUGGAGAAUGAUCUUUCAGUCAUUUUCUUGAGCAAUGUAUUAUGCAAAUGAAUGUGUAAUCUGAUUCUAGGCUUAGGUUCUCAAGAACCUCACAUGAUUCUUAAUAAUCUUCUCUUCUUUUGGAAGAGCACUCUCUAAUUCUAAUCAAACGCCCACAGGGACUAAUACUGUAGUUCCAGAACAAACCGACUUCUUUUUCACUUUGUUGGUCAUUCAUAUCUGUAGUCAAAUAUGUAGUCUGCAUGUAAACCACAGCUUGGAUUAAAGAAUAGAGACUAAAACUCUUUGACAGAGACAUUUUGAGUGCCAAAUGUGAAAUAAAACAAUCAGGAAAGACACUUCACACAGUGAAAAGAAAAACCUCAUGCUUUUGAAAACAUAGUGCUGUACAUCCAGCAUGUAAAUUUCCGCUGUAGAAAAUCAAAGAGUGAAAGCUUUAAUGAACAUAUUUCAGUACGUAUCACUUUCUAUGCUCAGCCGGAACAGAAUUUAAUCAUUGAAACAGUAUGUUAUGUACCAUCCUCUGGUUGUUUUUCUUUUUAUCUUGUUCUUUUUUUUUGCAUACUGACUGGUGAACAACACUGUGUGUCUGCCUUAGGUUUUUCCCUCUUACCACUGUGAAGUUCUGAUGGGGUUUUGCUGAUUUAUUGUGAUUUUAUUUCUGUCAGCAAGUUAUUUCAUUUAAAAAUGAUGUUCUAUGAGUACGUAAAAAAAAAAAAUUGUUUGAAAAAAGAAAAGAAAAAAAAAGUCCCAGACAAAUAAAAGGAUGAGCUUGAUGAUAAAGUAAAAUCUUACAAUUAGAUUUUGAGGAAAGGCUUGUCUGUCUGUGAACUAAAUAAUGCUUCGCAUAUGUUUUCUUGCACUUCUGCUACCAAGAAGCACUGUAAACAUUGUUCAUUCACAGAAUUAUUUUAUUAUGAUUUUUGUUUUAGUUUAUUUUUUUAGAUUGUUUCGCAGCACUGUGCUAAACUAUGUGUGUAGGACUAUGUAUGCAUGUGUAUAUGUAUGGAGUGAGCACUCCAGGUUUCUGCAAUGAGUAACUGGUUAUUUUCUACAGCAAGUUACUUAUUGCUUGUUGCUAUAAGACCUUAAAACAAAAGUCUUUUAUGAACAAUUCAAUAACCACAAAUCUGGUCUUGUAUGAAAAGGACAAUAGACAGUCAGGAAAAUGAUUCAUUGGAACUGACUGAAUUUUUGGAUAUUCCAAAUUAGCAGCGGCUAUAAACUAUGUAUAAACUCCACACAAUAUCUUAACCAAAAUCACAAAAAAAGUGCUUUAAAAGAAUGCUUAUUGGCAAUAACUGUAUGAAUGCAACGAUACUGUAACCUAGAAGAGACAAAGGGAGAGUUGUGUACGCUCCAAUGCUGGCUAUGCAAGCAAGUCCUGAACCUUAACAAGAGAAAUACAACAUUUGAAAAGAUCGCUUGGGACGUCUGAAUGAUUUCAUUCAUAGCAUCUCCGUGUCAUACUGUAACAUCUCACAGGAAUGAAUCUUGCUUCUACUAUGGAAUUGUAUGUAUGUUUCUGUUUUAGGGACAUCUACGGGUUCUCUUUAAAUUUGCACAUGUGCCACUGGUUGUGGAUAAUCAGAUGCUGUCCAGUGAAUGUUUUGCUCCAAGGACCCACCCGGGGAGGAAAAGGACCCCGACUGCAGCAAUGGCACAUGUGUAUUGUGAUUUAAAGGGGACUAUAUGUAUAUAUAAAUAUGUGUAUGUAACCAAAGGCAGAACAGGAAUUGCUCGCUUCACUGAAAGUGUACAAAAAGACCGGAGCGUUAAAAUGAUUUCAGAAUAAAGGUUACUGCUGA